AUGUCCAGCCCAUGUCAACAUCAACCACCCACCUUGCCACCCACUUCUCCCUCCUCUCUCUGCGACAUGACCCUGAUCAACGCCAACCGUGACAAGCGUCCUUCUCGCCCCGACAAUAAUUUGAGGCGCGCUCGUCGCCCCCUCAACGACGAAAACAGCCGUUUCAAUUGCCACCGGUGCCGUUUCUCUACCAACCUCAGAGCCCUCUACCUGGCGCAUGAACAAAGAUACCACUCCUCACCUCGCCAGAGGUGCUCGAGGCAGGUGUACAUCUGCCAAAACGCCCCCUACUGCACCUUCCAAGCUGGCAGCAGAUGCGCUGUGGUCCGCCAUCAGAGGGCCGUUCAUGGCGAUCAUUUCUCGCCUCUCAUUGUCCACACGCCCGAGUCCCUGGCUCUCGAUGGGGUCAUCAUCACUCUCACCAAUCUGGCAGUUAACCUCCCGACGGAGGCUGGGUCCUCUGCAUCGUCGGGGCCUGUCGCUUCUACUUCUACUGCCAUGGCUGUCGAUGACGCCGUUGACACGACGCAGAACCAGCCUUCCAUGACGCCAGCACCGUUCGACUCCGACGGCAUGGAACAGUAG